AGUCUCCAGCUCGCGAACUAGCAGUCUGGGCUGGAGUUCCUAGCCGACUCUGGCGCACCAGAUUCCCGUCUUUUGGAAGUGUGGAGGAGCGCUUUUCCUGGGUGUUCUCUAGUCUGCCCGGACUAACACACUUGGGUGUAUUUUUGGGGGGAGGUGGGGGAACCCAGUUUUAAUCGCUUUUGAAUACCUUGAACGGUUUACCACCGGAGGAAAAAGAACACGACGGUUGUUGAAGGAAGAAGAGAGACUACCCUAUAGAGCGACUUCUAUUGAAAAUUUAGGGGGUGGGGAAGACUUUUUCUUUUUUCUUAAAGCUAGACAAUUUUAUUAAAAUCCAAACAUGUCGAGAUUUGUGCAAGAUCUUAGCAAAGCAAUGUCUCAAGAUGGCAUGUCUCAGUUCCAAGAAGUCAUUCGGCAAGAACUAGAACUAUCCGUGAAGAAGGAACUCGAACAGAUACUCACUACUGCGCCAUCACAUGAGUGUGAGCAUACUAAAAAAGACCUUGAUGGAUUUCGGAAGCUAUUUCAUAGAUUUUUGCAAGAAAAGGGACCUUCUGUGGAUUGGGGAAAAAUUCAGAGGCCUCCAGAGGAUUCGAUCCAACCCUAUGAAAAGAUAAAGGCUAAGGGCCUGCCUGAUAACAUAUCUUCCGUGUUGAACAAGCUGGUGGUGGUGAAGCUCAAUGGCGGCUUGGGGACCAGCAUGGGCUGCAAGGGCCCAAAGAGCCUGAUUGGUGUGAGGAAUGAGAAUACCUUUUUGGAUCUGACUGUACAGCAAAUUGAGCAUUUGAACAAAACCUACAACACAGACGUUCCUCUUGUUCUGAUGAACUCCUUUAACACGGAUGAAGAUACCAAAAAAAUCCUACAGAAGUACAAUCAUUGCCGGGUGAAAAUCCAUACUUUUAAUCAAAGCAGGUACCCGAGGAUUAAUAAGGAGUCUUUACUGCCUGUAGCCAAGGAUGUGUCUUACUCAGGGGAAAAUACUGACGCUUGGUACCCUCCAGGCCAUGGGGAUAUUUACGCCAGUUUCUACAACUCCGGUUUGCUUGAUACCCUUAUCGGAGAAGGCAAAGAGUACAUUUUUGUGUCAAACAUAGAUAAUUUGGGUGCCACAGUGGAUCUUUAUAUUCUUAAUCAUUUAAUGAACCCACCCAACGGAAAACGCUGUGAGUUUGUCAUGGAAGUCACCAACAAAACCCGGGCCGACGUGAAGGGCGGGACACUCACUCAGUACGAAGGCAAACUGAGGCUGGUGGAAAUCGCUCAAGUGCCAAAAGCCCAUGUUGAUGAGUUCAAGUCUGUAUCCAAAUUCAAAAUAUUUAACACAAACAACCUGUGGAUCUCUCUUGCAGCAGUUAAAAGACUGCAGGAGCAGAAUGCCAUUGACAUGGAAAUCAUUGUGAAUCCCAAGACUCUGGAUGGAGGCCUGAAUGUCAUUCAGUUAGAAACUGCCGUAGGGGCUGCCAUUAAAAGUUUCGAGAAUUCUCUAGGUAUUAAUGUCCCUAGGAGCCGUUUUCUGCCUGUCAAAACCACAUCGGAUCUUUUACUUGUGAUGUCAAACCUCUACAGCCUUAAUGCGGGAUCCUUGACCAUGAGUGAGAAACGGGAGUUCCCUACAGUGCCCUUGGUUAAACUAGGCAGCUCUUUUACAAAGGUUCAAGAUUAUCUAAGGAGAUUUGAAAGUAUACCAGAUAUGCUUGAAUUGGAUCACCUCACGGUGUCAGGAGAUGUGACAUUUGGCAAGAAUGUUUCAUUAAAGGGAACGGUUAUCAUCAUUGCAAAUCACGGUGACAGGAUUGAUAUCCCAGCUGGAGCAGUUUUAGAGAACAAGAUUGUAUCUGGAAACCUUCGUAUCUUGGACCACUGAGAGGGAAGAUACUGUGCACAUUGUCCCAACAAUGUCUCUUACCGUGAUAAAACGGUCUCUAGGACUCUAAGAUAGGCAGGGGCUUACUGGACCCUGCAGAAUUAAUGUGCAAAGUAGUGUUUUCUGCAGUAUGCUUUUAGUCUAAGAAAAGCACAGAUGGAAGCAAUACUUUUUUUCUUCUUUGAAGAGAAUUCUGAACGUUAGUUAAUUUUCAAGUGCAAUAUCAUUUAAUCUUAAAACCGGGGCAGUUCUGCUGGAAGAUCUUAACAGAGGCCUCAAUGACGGUAGCUUUGAAUUGCUUAUUAUUUCAGAAACAAAGCUGUGAAGCAAUACACGUGUACCCUCACGCUUUCAGUGAUCACUGUAUGGAAUGGUCAAAUAAAAGGGUUUGCUCUUGCUCAA